GGUAAACCGAGCCCAGCGUGCGAUUCCUUCAGUGACCCCAGGGUUGGGCUGCUUCUCCCUGGCUGAGCAGUUCUUCCAGAGGGAACUGAGACGGGGAGGGGGUGGGCCCGCGGCGUCCCCUCCUGUGGCCCCAGGAUGCUGGACUCCUCGGUGGCAGAUCGGUUGACCCGGCUGACCCUGAAACUCCUGGAGAAGAAGCUGAAGCAGGAGCGCGAGGAUGUGGAAGCGGGUUCUGAGGACCCCCACCUCACGCCCAGAAAUGAGGAUGGGCCAGAGGCCGCCCUGCGGAGCGCUCUGCGGAUGAGGAAGGACCUUCUGCAGAGACUCUGGGAACAGCACCUCCUGGAAGAGGUCUCCAGGGCCCGCGCCUGGAGGGGGCUGGACGGAGGAGCCCGUGGGUCAGUGCUGCCCCCAGAGGUGCCCCCCGUGGGCGUCCACCCCGCUGUCUCCCCGGCCCCACCCACCCUGGACCCACCGCAGAUCACCCAACACCCGGCACCCCCACCUCCCACCACCAUCAUCCAGCAGCUGCCUCAGCAGCCACUCAUCGCACAGAUUCCCCUUCCCCAGGCCUUCCCCACUCAGCAGUCAGGAAGCAUCAAGGAAGACGUGGCGGAGAUGAUGCUGAUGCAGAACGCACAGAUGCACCAGAUCCUCAUGCAGAACCUGAUGCUCAGAGCCCUGCCCCCGUCAGCGCUCGCGCCCGCGCCCCCGCGCCGCCCCCCACAGGACCCGCAGUGGGCUCGCCCCGCCGUCCUGCGAGCCAAGAGGCAGAAGCCGCUCUCUGUGCACCACCAUUACCACUACGCGCCCCCAGCCCCGCUGCAGGCCAGCCCCACUCCUGCCUCCCCGGCGGGUUACUCCACGUGGCCCCCGGUGGUCUCCGCCACUGCCCUCCCUCCUGCUGCCAGCUUCUUGCCCACCAUGUGGCACGUGGCCGGUCCCUCAGUGGCCGCCCUUAGCACCCCAGCAGGGGAGGGCCCAGUAUAAGCCCGGCUGUGAGGGUCCCCACCGAGCCCUGGCGGCGAGACCCACCUGAGCAUGGUGUCUGUGAGCCAGACCAGGGCAGCAGCUGCGUCCAGAGACACGCUCCUUCCUCUUAGGGCGGCGUCCGACGGCGUCCUGCCCACACAGGCUCCAGGCCUGUGACCCCACGGCGGGCUCGGGUAAGCGGC